CCCCGUUCACCUUCGCGGGGGCGUGAUCGGUGCCUUUUGUUCGCUGGGCGUUGGACGAAGCGGAGAAACCGACCCUGCGUUGAUUACCGCACGAAACCGUGCCGUCCGUCUGCGCGCGAGAAGAAUUUUAUUGUUCGCUCGCUCGUGGAAUCUCUCCUUGCACACUCCUGCUGAGACGGACCGGGGAAUCUGCGGCUCAUUUCCUUCCGCCUGAUUGCAUCUCCAACCCCGUUCGCGCGCUCGUUCGAAGCGUCGGUGUGUGAGUGCGCGCGCGUGCGUGCGCAUACUGCACCCCUGGCAUCGGUAUGGAUUGGUCGAACUUUCAGGCGGCAUGCGUCAUGGCCCUGACGACGGCCUUUCUGACUCUUCAGGAUCCCAAAACAAUAGUCUACGCGCAUGCGCAUGCGCAUGCGCACCGAGCACGAGAGGUGCAGACGUACGUGGUCAUCCACCACCCGCCGGUCAAAUCGGCUGCCCAAGGCCGCACCCCCGUCGGGCAGGGAACUGCAGCUGCCGGUCGAGGAGGCGGCCACCACGCCGCCGCCUCGUCAAUUAGCACUUCGUACGGCUAUCAGCUCCACAGGGAGACAAACCACCACGUACCCGUGUUGAUCACGACGGGACACAUUCCCGUGUUGGCUCGGGCCCCGGCGCACAAGACGUACGUCACAGUGCAGCACCUGCACCACGCCGUGCACCACGUUCACCAACCGCUGGUGCUUCUGCCGCCGCAGCAUCACUUACCGGUACACCACAGGAGGCGCGAUCGUCUUGCGGCCCAGAGCUCGAGCUUCCGCCAGAAGCACAACCCGUACGUGCGCCUGCCGGACUACCCCGGCUACCUCGGCCGCAACGCCGCGCUCAGUCUCGAGGACCUUGCCGAAGCCGAGGCCGAGCCGACCCUGAAGGUGUACAAGGCGGACGCCGAGUACCCGCCACUGAACAUGCGCAACCGGAGGAGGCUGUACUCGCUCGGAUACAUCUACAUGCUCGACUUCCUCGAGAACUCGUAUCUUAAGCGCUGAUCAUCUCAGUCAUGCACCCACUGAACACACUGAACACAUUUCGUUGCGUAGACAUCUGUGACCGACCAAGAUCAUCCAUACGAGUAAGUAGUUCAGAUACAAAAACCUAUGCAAGCAUUCAAGACGGCCACAGAACGUCUUCUCGGCGUCUUCUCAGAGCCGUUCCUAAAUCGGCUUCGAAGCGCCUUGCAAGGCGCCUGUUAUCUUAAAUCUGGGGGUGCUUUAACUGUUCUUCACACCGGCUAUAAGUCAUCCGACAUGAUCGGGCACAAGGCGUUCUAAGCAACUUGUGAAAACGUCUUGCACGCAAUAUAAGGUGAUCACCGCAACGUCUUGCUAAUGUUGUCAGGA